AUGCUCGGAAUGGUGUACAAGCCCUGGCUGUGUUCCCAGUACUUCCAGACCUCCCAGCUGACCUGCAGCCGGAGGAUUCCGUGCGGCCAGUACUGCCUGGAGGUGCAGAAGAGAUGCCCCUUCAUCCUGCCCGACAACGACGACCUCAUCCACGGGGGCAGUCCCAGUUUUAUAUGCACAGGGCUGCUGGAGGACUUUCCGGCGGGCGUGUCCCGGGACGUGGAGUGCUGCGACGUGCGCUGGGGGCUGGCGGCGGCGGAGGACCCCCCGAGGCGGAGCCACCCCCCCUGCCGCGCGGCGGCGCUCAGCUCGGCGGCCGCCGCGCGGCAGGGGGGGCUCUGCCUGCUGGCCCUGGUCCUCCUGCACACCGUGGCCAGCCUGACCGCCGCCCACAAUGCAACGGGGCUGGGCCUCCCCGCCACCUCGCCUCUGGAGGAGAGCCCGGCCAAUGAGGAGUGACAGAGC